GCAGCGAUCACUGCAAUGCCUUGUCGUUCCCUGGCCGAGCAGGCGCAGCAAGGGCUAAGGCGGCUUCCCGGGAUCGUCCUCCGAGCAGAGCUGCGCUUCCUGAAUAAAACUCACGGAUUUCACGCAAUUGACCCCGCCCCUCCUGCGGCACCUUCAUGGAGUUACGAGGGCGAAGGAGGUCCUGAGAACUGGGCGACGCUGUUUCCCAAUUACUGUGCUGGCAGCAGUCAGUCCCCGGUCGCCUUGAAUGGACUCGCGGCCACUGCCAAGAGUUCCUCCGACGCCUGGGUGCUGGACAAAUACGACACCGUCCCUACUGAUCUCAAGAUAGAAAACAAUGGACAUUCAGCCAAGGUUGCAUGGACCAUCACAGACGUUGCGGAGCUUCCCUCGGUCAGCGGCGGAGAGUUGGGUGGGCAGUACACUUUCGCCCAGUUUCACUUCCACUGGGGCAGCGUCAGCACGCAGGGAUCUGAGCACACCAUCAAUGGAAUCGCAUAUGCUGCCGAGCUUCAUCUGGUGCACUUCAAGACUGAGUAUGGUUCCCUCACCGAAGCGGUCGCGCACAAUGACGGUCUUGCUGUGUUGGGCGUUAUGCUCCUGGGCGGUCUGGUCGACAAUCCCAAACUCUCACCAAUCAUCGAUGGGCUCGCAACCAUCACGAAUGCAGGAACCGAAGAACACCUGGCGACAAUGCUUCCUCUCCAAGACCUCCUGCCGCCGGACACCAACACCUUCUACAGGUACUCAGGCUCCUUGACCACUCCCACCUGUAACGAGGUCGUCACCUGGACUGUCUUCCAAGAACCCAUAAGCAUUUCCGAGAAUCAGCUCGAGGAAUUCCGCAAGCUCCUCGGAGACGAUGGACAGCACCACAUUGUCGACAACUUCCGUCCCGUCCAGCACCUCAACGGCCGCACGGUCGAGAAGAUCACUUUGUCCUAACUCUUCACGAUGCUCACCGGCCAGAAAUGAGGGCGACGACUUCAGUUCACGCUACUAGGCGAAAAAGGAAGUAUGCGAGAGAGAGAGAGAGGAAGAGAGAGAGAGAGAGAGAGGUGCAUGGUUUGCAUGUAACAGGAAUGAGUUUUUUUUUGUUUUGUUUUGUUUUGUUUUUUUGUUCUCUCCUUUUGUUGUAUUCUUUGUUUUCUGAAAAAAAGGGAAAAACAUAAGUAAUUUAUUGUGAAUUAUGGUUGAAUAAAGUAUUGUUCGCA